AUGGCAUCUGACAUUGAGAUGGGAGAUGACGGCUCUAACCAGCAGUCAGAUGUUGACUCUCUCAAAUCAACUGCCCCCAGUGAGCCAGCUGAUGAGUAUGAUGUUGAAGAAAUUCUGGCUGAGAGGAAAUUUCGCGGGAAAACACAAUAUCUUGUCAAAUGGCUAGGAUAUCCGAUGCAUCGGUCAGACUGGGAGCCCAGGGUCAACUUGGACGCGCCAGAGAUACUUGCCAAAUGGGCUCGGGCAAAGGUUGAAAUCAAAGCAAAAAAAAGAAAACCUUUUGAUGUUGACGCAUUUGAAGAGGAUUUGAAACGUCGCGAGGAUGAAACGAAGGCACGCAAGAAAUCCCGGCAAGCUCGCCGAAUUCAAAGAGAUAAGAGACUGAAAAGCAUCAUCAAAUGGUCUGAUGAUGACGACUCAAAUCACUGUGCGCAAGACCCGCAAGGCGGCGAAGGUGUCGAUGAUAUUGAUGACUUGUUUGUUUCCGCCAGCAGCAAAGAUGAAUCAUCUUCAUCUUGCGAGGGUUCCCCGGCCAAAAGUCCUGAUGCUACUUCCAUCACCUCGGGUCAACCCCCCCACUGGAACCGCCGAAACUCCCAUCAAUAUUACUGA